AUGGCUUCUUCAACUUCAGACGACGACUUCAUCACCGUCGUAUGCAGUAACCCCAAUCCAAUUCAAGCAAACACCACCAGCACCGAUAUAGAGAUUCUAAUUUCAGUCACGAAUAUCCCAAGCUGGGAUUUGCCAUCAAUUCUCUGUCACCAAACAGUCAAAGUUCAAGCCCAUCGGAACAGGCUAAUUCAACACUCAUCGUAUUUCAAUGGCCUCCUAAGCGGGAGCUUCAGUGAAUCAGGCCUGGACUGUAUAGCAAUUGAGUGGAACCUGGAAGCAUUUCUACACAUUCUCAAUUGUAUAUAUGACUGCCCAUUGGAUGUAACAUCUAAUAAUUUCCUCCCGCUUUAUGAGGGUGCACUUUAUUUUGGAGUGGAGAUGCUUCUCAUGAGAUGCAAAACUUGGUUUUCUGAGGUAGUAUCAACGGAGGUGCCACCACAAGUACAAUUGGAUGAUUUGAUUUCUAUUUGGAGCUUUGGUUUAGAGCAUGCCCGUGAUUUUCUUCCAGAAUUAUGUGGGAGCUAUCUUGCGAGAAAUUUUAUGUGGGCCAUAUCUAUGAAUUGUUUUGUAGAUAUUCCAUACGACUUAUUACUAUCUUGCGUGAAGCACAUGAAUUUGACAGUAGACAGUGAGAUGCAUCUUUCCAAUGCACUUCUAGUUUGGAUCGAUGCUAACACAGAAUGCAUGGAAGGCUUGAGCAGAAAUGAAGAUGUCUGCACUGGCAUUUUGAAACAGAUCCGUUUAAGCCUUUUGCCGUUGUGGUUUGCUGCAGAGAAAAGAAGUUCUUGUCAUUUUUCUAAGUUUGCUGACGAGAGCAUUGAUUCAAUUUUCAGACUACUGAGAAUUCCAUCCACUGGCUCAGUAGAUGCCUUAGGAGCUAGUCACUUGCAUGAUUUACGCAUUCGGCUGACAAAAUUUUCUAAGAGAGUAAACCUUUCAAGUUGUUCACAGAUAACGUCAGCGGUGCUACUUUUGUCUUUGCUUCCUUCUGCAAACAGUAUCGACUACAUACUAAGGGGUAUUGGGCAGUCACCAUUCAACCUUGAACGUCUCGACAGAGAUCAAUGUUCGGAAGUACUGAAUUUGUUGCCGACUUUGUCUUUUGAAGCAGUACAAGAGGUGGAUAUUUCCAAGUGCCCAAGGUUGCAUCUUCAAUCUGCCAUUGAGUGCUUCCGCAAAUCAUUUCCAUCUUUAAGAAUACUGAAGGCAGCUUUUCUUUUGAAAUUCAAGAUAAGCACUUUGCGCAAACUGGUGCGGAAAUGCCCUAUGGUCUGUGAAGUUGACUUAACCACUGACACUAGUCCAAUUAUAUCAUCACAAGUGUCCAUUGUAUCCUCAAGUCCAGCUAUAACACCACAAAUAUCAAAUUUGUCCUUAAAUGUUCGGGAUAUGACUUCUUUUUACAACUCUGGACUAUCGAUAGCAAAACUCACAUUGGAGGGCCGAAAUGAUCUCUAUGAUUCAGAUCUCCAGUAUAUCUCCAGAUUCUGUGUCUCCUUGCAAUACGUAAACCUCAAGGGGUGUACUUCAUUAACUGAUGUUGGCAUAGCAAGUCUUUUACGCAGAUGUAUUAAGCUACAUUCUGUUUUAGUUUGUGAUACCUCUUUCGGGAUAAAUUCAGUUUUAGCUCUUUGCUCUAGCUCCUCUAAUCAUAUUGCUGUCGAACAAAUUGAAAAUGAGCUUUUGGAUUCCCUGGCACUUAAUCUUCAAAUACUUCAUAUGGGCAGCUGCAAGUGUGUUGACGAAACAUCUCUUCUAAAGCUUAUGUCUCAAAUGCAAAAGCUGAAGAGUCUUUGUUUAAGUGAUACUCACCUUUCUGAUGGUGCUUUAUAUAGUUUCAGAGGUUCUUCCUUGGAGGUGCUUGAUAUUUCUAAUACUAUGGUUUCAAAUGCUGCUGUAGCUUAUCUUGUCAGUGGAAAUCCAGGUUUAAAGUGUCUGAAAGCAAGGGGCUGUAGGAAUUUAUCUCAACAGGAAAGUGAUCCUCAAAAGAGAGAAUUUUCUAUCUCCUAUUCUUGCAGAGAACUGCAUAAUGAAAUAGGAAGAACUUGCAUGUUGGAAGAAAUUGCACUUGGAUGGGGAUUUUCUUACACCUCUUUGGAAGCUCUGAAACCUGCAAUCACAUCACUGAGGAAAAUAACUGUGGGCUUAGGUGGAUUGUUAGGUGAAGAUGGACUGAGGAAACUACCAACUAUUUGUCCUAUGCUAGAGUCGAUUAUUCUUUAUUUUCAGGUAAUAUCUGAUAGAACCAUUAUGAACAUUAUGGCAAACCUGAAGAAGUUGGUAGUUUUGGCUUUCUGUCACUGUCUUGGUGAUAUAUCUAUUUUAAGCUUUAAAUUUCCUAUGCCUAACCUGAGGAAGUUAAAGCUUGAGCGGGUGACCCCUUGGAUGAACAACAAUGAUUUGUUUAUUCUUACUCAAAGCUGUGCAAAUCUUGUUGAGCUUUCGCUGCUAGGGUGUACGCUUCUGGAUUCAGAGUCUCAACAAAUAAUUUCGCAAGGAUGGCCAGGCUUGGUGUCUAUCCAUCUUGAGGAGUGUGGAAGAGUAACAACAAUGGGGGUUUCUUCUCUUCUCGACUGUAAAGCUCUUGAAGAUCUCUUGCUGCGUCAUAAUGGUCCUGGGUUGCAGAGAAGCUUUAUUUUUGAUGCCGCUUCGAAGUUGCCAAUGCUUAGGAAAGUGUCGCUGGACUUUUGUGAUGCAGCUGAAGGUGAUUUCGACAUUCCAAAUUAUGGAGAUAGGCAUUUCUUAAGUACUCUCAAGAUCGCAAAAUGCAAGCUUCAGAAGGGCCUCAAGGUUUCAUUUGUUAAGGCUCCUAGGAGGCGGCAAGUCCACAAGGAAACACUUGUACUGGUAUGGAACAGCAGCACUGUCACUAGAACAGUGGUGAAGGAAAGACUCUAG